AUGCACAGUAGCGAGACGCCGCCGGCGCCGCCGGCCACCGGGCCCAACCUGCUGCUGGAGCUGGGACGCCUCAUCAUCCGCGCCCGCAGCCCCACCCCCACCCCCCGCGCUCCGCACGACCGCCUGCUGCAUGCCAAGCUGCUGGCGGCCAGCCCUUCCACCAGCCAGCAGGUGGUGACCCAGCCGAAACCCGAAAAGGACGAGCCAAAGCCCGGCGUCGAGGCGUCUCUCAACGACCACGUGCACGCUCUGUGGAACGACCAGAUACCGAUCUGCAUCGAGGUGCUUCUGGCCCCAGACUGCCCCGACUGCUACCAGGCGAUCAGCCGCGUAGAAGAGGACUCCUCGUUCGACAAACAGCACAACCAACAGCGCGCGUUACUCCUCGAGCGAUGGAGCAUGCGUGCGCUCGUCACCAAGUCCCACGAAAGCCCGGCGUUUAUAACAUCUCAGUGGCUCCUCAAUGCGGUCCGCUCGCAGCUCCACUUCUCCCAGCUGUCCGCCUGGCUGGCGAGGCUCAAGGGCAACGGCAAGCCGGAGGAACCAGGGGAACGCAGGCGAAAAUUGAGCCGCGAGAAGUGCAACUACAAAAAACUGGAAUCGAACUGCGACGAGGACGUCGACGAGCCACGCAAACUGAACAUCGUCUACUCCAUCAAGAUACCCGGCGAGAGCUACAAGAUGGCCGACUUCAGCAAACCCCCGACCAACCACACCUUCCCCAUCACCGACAUUGGCAACAACGUCUUUCUCAAGGUCACCCUUCAAAGCCUCCCAAGGAUAGACGAGGUACCAACAGUCAAGUGCACCUGCCCUCCGAAAAGACGCGCCAGCAAAGAGGUACCGGUUAACUUACAUGAUGAGUUGGUCGGGAAGCUCAAUGAUCUCACUCUGGGACCUCGAGGGUCCAAGUUCUCACCAGAUUUAGAUGUAAUUAACUCUAACACGGGCCCAUCGACUCGACGCCUGUCUAUCAUAUCCACACCCGCCUCUACAGAAUACUUAUACUCUGUUACGCCUGAACAGAAAGUGGUUGAUGACAGGAUGCAUACGCCUUGCAGCGAGAACGGAAAACACAAGUGCGAAUGCGACGAGUCAGACGGCAAUCAUAGAUCUUCCACUAGUUUAAGUCAGGAGCCGAAGAAGUUAGACGAGAGGCGGUUGAAAGAGAUAGCCAAAUAUAAGAGGCGGUUGCGGAAAGAGAGCAAGCUCAAGAAACUCUGUGACAGCACGUCUUCAGAAGGCGAUGGCUUACAAAAGUCGAAGGAGACUCAUACUUCCAUUCCGAUCUUACAAGCGGCGAGAUUUGACAGGUUCCGAGCGAUCGGGUGCUAUAGAAAUCAGACGUAUUUGACGCUGCCCGCUAGCAGGAUGGAAACUAAAUCUCCUUUCGUUGAAACUGAUAGCAUAACACCAGCAGAGUUUAAAAAGACCAACACAGUGGCCACACAAACUGACGAAGUCACGUGUGCGUGUGGCGGGCCCUUAGUGGACCGAUGUGAGGGUUGUAUAGAUCGAGGAAUGGUCCGAUCCGAAGCCAACUAUAAUCUGGCUUCGAUAGACCAAUCCGAAGUUUUGCUCGAUGCUAUAAAUCGAUGCAAAGACGUGACCGGAGCUCGACGGAAAUGUGAAGAUGAUAUUAAAGCGCUAAAAAAGCAUAAAUGUGAUAAUUAUAAUAUAAAGUGUGAUAUAAGUAGUAUAGGUAUUAGUCAUAACGGAGAAGAACAGGUCAUAAAGAGACCUAAAUUGAGAAGGAUAUUCCCAAUAGUUGACAAAAUUGAGAAAAUAGUGUCGGAUAGAGCACACCAGGACAACACGGAUAUUGAGGAGUUAAACUUGUUAGACGAUGACACAGUAUUCUCGAAGCCGAAGGAAUCGAAGCGACAGAAAACGUUCUCAAUAAACGACGAUGAUUAUGUAUUUUACGAGAAAUGUGAUUACGGGACUUUUGAUAGGUGCGAGAUAGAUUCCCCUAGUUCCCCUGAGCAAAAUGGCUUCGUGUAUCCGGAGAAAAUGGGGCCGGAUAACCAGGUCCCUUCGCCUACGGAGAUGGACCGGUUUAGAUGGCGUUUUGACUCGGCAGCCUCCAUGGUGUUUCAUACCAAAACUGGGUUGCCACUGACUUCUAGUCCAGCGCCUUUAAGAAGAGGAAAUAAUUGCUUUGACUUUGAUGACUCUAUUAAUGGAAUCUCUGGAAUUAAAAGCGCGCUGUUCCACCCGAUCUCCCCCGUGUCCCCCUCCCCCGCGUCCCCCUUGGCGCCCCCCUCCCCCUCCCCCUCCCCCUCCCCCGCCGCCGCGCGCGCGCGCAGCCCGCCGCCCCCGCAGGAGCCCACUACACCUAAGCUGAGGAUUGGACCCAGCGCUGGCCUUCUUGGUAGCUUCGAAGAAUCUGCCCUAAAAGGGCGCCUGGAGCCGGUCGCGACGGUCCACGGGUUCACGGCCGAAAUAGGGGCCUCCGGGGCGUUCUGCCCGCCCCACAAGCGCCUGCCAGUCACUGUGUUCUUCUACGCCCCGGGCGGCACCAACGCACCUUAUAUGGGCCACAUAAACCUCGGACCAUCCGGCUACCGCGUCCCCCGCUCGGGCACCAUCCAGGUGUCCCUGUUCAACCCGCACGGCACGCUGGUGAAGAUGUUCGUGGUGCUGUACGAGCUGACGGGCAUGCCGCCUCUCGCUCGCACGUUCCUGCGCCAGCGCACGCUCUACAUGCCGGCGCGAGCGCCCGCGCCCAAGCCCUCCACCAGGCACAAGUGGCUGCGCUACCUCAUACAUCUCAGAUUCAUGACCUCAAAAUCCGGAAAACUCUACCUCCACACAGACAUACGUAUAAUAGUCUCCAGAAAAGCUGACUUAGACACAGCCACUGCCCACUCUGCCAUCUUCCGGACUAUACCGAACAACGACAAACCGACCAAUGAGGAGCCAGAGAUUUCUACCAAUGUCAAACGAGAGAUUUCCACCAAUGAGAGCCCGAUCUCAAUCGAUAGAGCGCCGAAUAGAGUAUUCGGGGGCUGCAGCGAGUUUGACUCGGAACUUAGAAACGAUAUAAGAGAGUUAGGUCAAGAAAAUCAAGACGGCGUCUCGUAUGAGCUACGGAGCUUCACUUAUGCCCCUGAGAACCCUAGGUUCUCGCCCCGAUAGUAUUGGGGCAGGAUAUUUUAUCUGUUAUUUAGUGCCUGUGGUAAAUAUUGAUCCGAAUGUGUUAAUAUGUAUGGAGUAAUGAGAAAAUAUAUUUUUUGGUUUUUAUAA